AUGACCUCCUCGACACUCAUCAGAUGUCGCUGUGUUAAUUGCCUGGAAUCUUCAAAUGACAAGGAUCAACCUGGACGCUUAUGGAAACGCAGUUCCACAACCUAUAAAGCCCAUCAAGCGUCAAUCAAAAAAACCCGCAGCCUUCUGGCUGGGCCCAAGGAGAGUAAUCUUACGACCCUGCAAGCUGACCGUAUCAUUGAUGCGGUGGAUGGUAUAGUCGUGGAUGAUUCACAUUCUUCUUCGACUCAAAUUCCUCCAGCUGAAAAGACCAUUUCACAUCUCGACAUAUCACAUUUGAAGCAAAUGGCCAAUCCACCACGUCGAAAACAAACCGGUAGCCAUUUUCAGCCAAAAUGGGAUGGUAUGAGCGUAGAGUCAGGCAAGUACCGUGCCAAUUUCUCCUCCUAUAGAGUAUAUUUCCUGAUUCAAGUUGUUUUUCAUGUUAAUGCAGGUCAAUACAGUAUGAAUUACUAUGAUCAAUUCAAAAAAUUCGACCCACUGACCACAGCCAUGAACCUUGUAAUGGUAUGUCUGUAUCUGUUUGAGCAUAUUGGCAUGGCAGUUGCUACACUUUGCCUUCACGUGAACAAUUCAGUACCGAGUUCCAGUAAUCACACAGCUGGUUUAUUCCCAAAGGGUUGGUCACCAAAGGACAUUCGGACUGUCCUCACAGAUCUAAGAAUUCAACCAACGAUUCAGCGAACUCUUUGCUGUCCGAAGUGCUUUCGUCUUUACUAUGAGGGUGAUACACCGGAUAAAUCCUUAGGAUUGAUGUCAAAGAACAGAAGUACCUCGUCGCGACAGGAAGCCAGCCAAGCAGAAGAGGAUGAGUCUGACACAUUCGAGCAAGAGCUUAAAGAUUUUGAUUCUGAUGACGGUGAUUCCGAUGAUGAUGAUUCUGAGUUUCAAGGAUCAGAAUGCAGCGGUGAUCAAAUUUCAACCGAAUCAAACUCUGAAUGCAGCAACACCUUAUAUCCAACAAAAGACGAUCUAUCGUUUGCAUUCGGAAAGAUGGCACUCAAAUACGAUACUGCACUUGACGCUGAUCAAGAAACUCAUGGCAAUGAAUCUAAACCACAUCAUUUCACAGGAUUCUCAGGUGAAGUGACAGGGGAUGAAGAGGAGGAAGAAGAGCUCUCUGAUUAUGAAGAGGUUGAUGAAGAGUACAAUCAUAUCUUCAACGAGAAGAAACAUCUGAAUACACUGAGAGAAGUUAUAGGACAGGUCCUGCUCCCAUCUUGGAUUGGCAGAGUGCCAAAGACGGUAGGAUCAAGCAAAGGUGGCAAAUUGAAAGCAGAUGAAUGGGUUAUACUAUACGAGAUCAUGAUAAUACCGGCCUUUAUACUUUUCUUCAAUAGGAAAGGUCAUAAUUCACCCAUCACAGAUCACAAAAUUGUUCGAAAUGCUCUUCAUCUGAUCAGUAUCCUUAAAAUUGUGCGUAGAUUUGAGGUACAAAGUAGAGAUCUGGAGGCUUUGAAACACCACAUAAAAAGCUAUCGACACGGACUCUCUGAACUAUUUACUGCACUCUCAGUUACUCCAAAUCUGCACAUGUUACUCCACAUUCCCCAGGUAGUCAGGGUUUUCGGUCCUGCACCUUACUGGACUGCUUGGUCAUUUGAAGCAACAAAUGGAUCAUUGGCCAAAAUUCCAACUAACAACCAUGAUAGCUCUAGAGAGUACACAAUCCUGAAUAAGUGGACAAUGGCUCAAAAUAUGCGAUGUGUACUCCCAGACCUAUGCAAACAGCUCCCUAAACAAACCGCAGCAAAUGUCUCAAAAUUUAUUUCACCAAAGUGUACAGACGGAAGUCCUUCUGCCUACCUUCGAGAAGGAAAGUGUGGUCCACCAAAUCUGAAGUAUAAUCCGAAGAAGAACGAAACACUGGAUUAUGAUACACACCUCCUUCUUCUGAGUCGCAUGAAAGAAAUAUACGGCGACGAGGCUGUGCUUUCCACUGACAUCUACAAAAAAUCUAAGCACAAGGAAGAUGCAAUCGUCAUAUCCAGAUGGGUCAAUCAAUUGCCUUCAGUAAAGUGUCGAAAUGUAGUGUAUUCAACGGAAAAAAAAAACCCUGGCAACAGCACAGUUCUCUAUCCAGUACAUCUUUCCAAAAACAAAAAAGGUUUUGUCUGGGGGAAAAUUAAUGAAAUAUUUAUGACAAUUGUACGCUGUGAUGGAAGGUUAGACCAGCAUAUUUGGUUUGACAUCUCUCGAUAUACUACUUUGACGGCAGCUCAUCAAAAGAAGCACGGGUUCAAUUAUUGGCCACACUCAGGAUUAACUGUUGUGUACAAUAGAGAGAAAAAGAAAGAUGUGGUACAAUUGAAUGAGAUUGUUAGUCACGGCGCUUCUUGGAAAACCCCACAAGGCUGCUUUGGAAUCAAAGAGCCUACAUUGCUGAUUGUCAACUUAUCAAAAACCUCGUGUACUGCAGCUUGA